AUGGCUCUGUGGAAACAUCUGGAGGCUGCGAAAUCCCAUGUUUUGGUCCUCCACGGCAUCCUCGUCAUGUUGAUGAUGGUUUUCCUAAUAAACACUGUGGUAUCUCCUUACAAAGUUCUCAUGCCACUCAGUGCCCUCACACGUCGCGUAGAGGACUGGGCAAACGGUGAAUCCUUUCUGACGAUGAGUCAGGAAUCGUUGAACCAUUACGCAUGGUACAACGCCGUGGUGUGUUCAGUGGUGCUCGUGGGCUUGCUAAUUGCUUACUACCGCAUCCUUACCACGUCCUACAUUUGCAUGGAGUCCAUUGGGGACAUUUUGAUCCAACAGUCGAAGGAAAAAGAUAUGGAGCAGAGCCCGGUGAGGCUGGUGACUUUUGAUCUUGAAAUAGAACAGCCUGAAGUGGCCAAACCACGGACACGCAUGAGAAAAGUCCAUCAGGUAGGGUUGGUGACGGCGUUGUUUGCGCUUACAGUGUUGCUUUUACCCACCAUGGCCAUGAACACCUUUGCAUACAUCAUUGUUGAUGGCGACACAUUCAGACUAACCUCAGACCACGUCUUGGUGACAUUCGCCUUGUUUUUUGUCGUCAAGAUGUGCCGUGGUCUUUACUACAACUUUGCUAACAUUCCUGUUGGGUUCUCCAGGGUGAAAUUUUCUGUGUGUCAAUUCUCAAUUGUCUAUGGAGCCAUUUUGGUUAUAGCUGCCACCUUUUUCCUCUCCCUGACAAACGACGUGAUGGUAACUUACACCUACAAGGCAUAUGCGCUUUAUUUGGAGAGAGGAACACGGCCAGGUGCCGUUGCACACGAUAUUGUCAUCGAGAAUGCGAAUUACUUCACCAGUAGCUUUGCAAACUACUUGGUGGACAGCACCUAUGCUAUCAUUGAUGUCAAUAUGACCAAGGAAGAGACUUUUAAUUUGUUGCGGAAGCUGAUUGGUUCAUACAAGGAUAUGUAUAUUGACCUGUUGCAGGUGAUGUUAUUUGGAUGCAUGGUUUUUGUUCCUGGAGUGAUGGGCAGUUUGGUUUUGUUCACUCUGGAUAUUUAG